CCCGUUAUAAAUUAUGCCCUCUCUAGAGAGUCGCUUUCCAAGCUUAAAAUAAUCCAAUUGUUUCUCUUGUAUCUCCUCAAACUUGCCCGCAAAGCAACGCAUAAACUAAUAAAUUACUUUUGAAUCUCAUCAAGUAACAGAAUCAAAAAGAGGAGACAUAAGAUGAAGCUUGUUUGGUCCCCGGAAAGGGCCUCCAAGGCUUACCUUGAUACUGUUAAAUCGUGUGAGUUGUUUCAGGAAUCGAGCGUAGCGGAGUUGGUAUCAGCGAUGGCGGCCGGAUGGGACGCACAGCUCAUCGUAGAAACGUGGUCCAAGGGAGGAGUGACGGCCACGAGCGUCGGCCUUGGGGUGGCCAGCCACUACGCCGGAGGCCGCCACGUCUGCGUCGUUCCAGAUCACGAAUCGCGGGAAGAGUACGCUGAGGCGAUGCAUAGCGCCGGGGUGCGGCCGGAGAUCAUCGUGGGCCAGCCGGAGGAAGCCAUGGAGAGGCUUGCCGGGAUAGACUUCUUGGUGGUGGAUUGCCGGCGAACCGAGUUCUCCAGAAUACUUAGGGUGGCGAAACUGGGCCACAGAGGGGCGGUGCUGAUAUGCAAGAACGCCAGUUCUAGGGUUGUUUCCGAUUUCAGGUGGCGGAGCGUUCUGGACGGGAAAACGAGAAUCGUCCGCUCUGUGCUUUUGCCGGUAGGGAAGGGUCUAGACAUCGCACACGUGGGGGCCACCGUUGGCGGUGGCAGAAAGUGGAUCAAGCAUUUUGACGAGGAAUCCGGUGAAGAAUUUCUUUUCCGAAAAUGAACCAAGAAAAAAUUAACCCAAUCUUUAGCUCUUUCUAGAUAAUGCCAAAACAACAACAACUUGAUCUGUAACUAUACCUCAUAAUUUGGAUUGUUCCUUUUUCCCUAAUCACUAAUUGUAUCAUUUUAGUUGCAAUUAUGUCCUGUAUAUAAAGACGUAAGAAAAUGAAGAUUGUGCUGCUCCCCAGAAGGGCAGCUUUGGCGUUAUCACCAACAUAUGUAAAGUUGUAAACACGAUGCUUUUUCAAUAAAUUUUAAGGAAAAAGCUGCGCAUGGA